UCUUAUAAAACUUGAAAUUAAUCAUAAUUAAAUGACACCUAAGAUGUGGGAUGUGAAGAAGUUUCAAAGUGUCAGGUCCAGUGGCGGCUCGCGAGUAUAGGCACUGUGGAACUGCAGCAUCCCCUAUUUCUACUUGAUAUUAUCGGUAACAUUUAAUAUAACGAGCUGUCACUGGACCUAACAUUUUAAUACUUCUUCACGCCACUACGAAUGAGGUCUUCUCUGUAACUAGUUUAUGGUCCGUGGUACUGCUUUAUCCACAUGGUCAAUCCAUUAUCUUAGAAAUAAAGAUCUGUACUGUUAAAAUUAUAUUAAAAACGUUUGAUCAUUUAAAGGUGAAAAUUGUACCGAAGUAAAAAAUAAUUAAUUCAUUAUGAAUAAACACAAAUCAAACCAAGUGAAAUUGAUGAAAAAUAAAAGUUCAAAAGAGAAAUAUAUUCCUUCCAAAGCAUUGUAUAAACAAAAAUACACUACACCUUUAAAAAGAAAAACGCGCAAAAAUGAAUAUAAUGCAGAAGAAGAAGCCAGGUUAGAAAAGAUUGCGUUUGGUGAUCCGAGUGGUAUAAUAAAUAAUAUAUUAAAUAAUGAAAAUUUAGAAAAUGUUAAAAAUGAUAAUGAUGUGUCUGUAUUUGAUAAUGCAAGUAAUGAUUCGAUUGGAGAAAUAGAAAUUUCUCAAGAAUAUUCCAAAAAGGCAGCAUGGGUUGAUGAGGAUGAUAUUAAGUGUUCCAUACAAGAUGCUGCAAAAAUUCAGAAUCGUAAAAUAGCUGAUGUACCAGAAAAAUUAUAUAAAGAUUAUUUAUCUAACAAAUACAAAAAGAUUGUUGGUAAUCCAAAAUGGGCCAAACUUGAAAAAAGUGAUGACUUGGAUAAUGAAAUAUUAAAGCAUAGUUGUCAUUUGGAAAAACCUAAAGUAAAAAAUUUACCAAAGAGCAUAAUUGAUAUAAAAGCACUGUCACCAAUUAAUAAAGAAACACAUACUGAAGGACCUAUUGUAUCAAGUGUCGAAUUUCACCCAUCUUCUACAGUUGCUUUGGUUGCUGGUUCUUCUGGAAUUUUAUCUCUUUUUCAGGUGGAUGGCAUUGAAAAUAAUAAAUUGCAUACAAUGCAAUAUGAAAAAUUUCCUAUUAGUACAGCGAAGUUUCUGAAAGAUGGUACAGAAGUAUUGAUUGGUUCUCAAUAUUAUGCACAUUGUCAUUCUUACAAUUUAAUGAGCGGAAAAACAUAUAGAAUGCUAUUACCGUCUGGACUUACUAAUAUACAGAAAUAUGAAGUAUCCCCAGAUGGAAAAAUAUUAGCCAUUUGUGGGCGAUCAGGAGAAAUUUUCUUAUUACAUAGUUUGUCAAAAGAACUUAUUACUACAUUAAAAAUGAAUGCUAGAUGCAGAGCAUUAGCAUUUACACCCGAUAGUAACACACUGAUUACGCAUGGUGACAGUAAUGAAAUGUAUAUUUGGGAUUUAAAUAAUCGUGUAUGCAUUCAUCGAACUAUAGAUGAUGGGUGUUUAUCUUGUGCUUCUAUUGCAAUGUCUCCAAAUGGACAAUUCUUAGCGACAGGUAGUAAAGAAGGUGUGGUUAAUUUGUAUCAUACUAAAACAGUGUUAGAAAGUCGGAAUCCUGUUCCUUUAAAAACUGUUCUUAAUUUUGUAACAUCAAUUACGAAUUUAAAAUUUAAUCCGUAUUCUGAAAUUUUGGCAAUAGCUUCAGGUAAAAGACAUAAUGGAUUUAAAAUGAUGCAUUUACCAUCGUUUACAGUUUUUUCAAAUUUUCCUACAUAUCAAACACAUUUGUCAAUGCCUGAAGCAAUUGAUUUUUCACCAAGUAGCGGUUAUUUAGCAAUUUCAAACAAGUCAUUCAGUGCCUUUUUAUAUAGACUGAAACAUUAUCGAAAUUACUAGACAACCUUUACUUGGCAAAUUAUUAAAAAUUUUUUUUCAAUGUAAAUUAAUAUCUAUAAAACCUAAUUUAAAUAUGUAAAUUAAUAUCUGCAAAACCUAAUGUAAAUAUGUAAGAAUAAGAUGGACAUUUAAUAAUUGACGAAAACAAUAUUUAUUUUUUCCCUACACACACGCGCGCGCGCGCGCACGCACACACA